AGUGCCUCGCCUGCGCCUGCGCAGCGCCGAUACGCGCCGACUCGAUAACUUUCGUGACGAAAAACCCGAAAACAAUCGAAUAACGAGUGAGAACAGUGAUAGUGACUCGAAGUUUAAGUGAUGCUUCCUUGUUUGUAAAUAAGAUGAAGACGUGCAAUGCCAAAGAAAAAGUGCCAACGAAGAAACUAGGAGUAAUUUUUAAGUAACGAAUACCAGACGAGAUGGAGGGGGUCAGGGUCUCGCACCAGGGGGUGCGGGCCCACACCGCCGAGGGGUCAGCCGGGAGGAUCACCCAGGCUGGACUGGCAGCACGAAGCACCGCCGGCACCGCCGCCAAAGGCAUGGCCAUCAAGGGCCACGAAGACCUAUGGGUGGAAAUCCAAGCAAACACCUUCAGAAACUGGGUGAACGAAACAUUAAAACCUAUGAAUAUCAAGGUGGUGGAUUUGGUAGAAGACUUCAAAGACGGGACAGUCCUGUGUGCAUUGGUAGAGGCUCUCCAGGGCCGUCGGCUGAAGGGCUGGAGUCCGAACCCCACUAACCAGCACCACAAGCUGGAGAACGUCACCACCGCGCUGCAGGCUAUAGAGGACGAUGGGGUGAAGCUGGUUAAUAUAGGUAAUGUGGACAUCGUGAAUGGGAAUUUGAAGCUUAUUCUUGGCUUGAUCUGGUCGCUUAUCGUGCGCUAUCAGAUCGGCCGGAGCAAGUUCCCUCCGAGAAAACUAAUGCUCUCAUGGCUCCAAUCAGCCCUGCCUGAAUGCCGCGUGUCCAAUCUAACUAGCGACUGGAACAGCGGUAUCCUGCUAUCGGCCCUGCUCGACCACUGCAAGCCGGGCGUCUUCCCGCAUUGGCGAGAGCUCAACCGCCACGAAGCCGUAGAAAACUGCAGGCGAGCUAUGAAGCUGGCUCACCGCGAGUUCGAAGUCCCCAUGGUGUUGGAGCCAGAGUACCUUGCAUCCCCCUGGCUGGAUGAACUGUCCGGGAUGACCUACCUGUCCUACUUCAUGAAGCCCGGCUCCCCAGGAUAUAGAGCAACUUUGGACUGGGUCAACUCCCGCCUGGAAAGGGGCAUCACUAACUUUACGACCGAUUGGAAUGACGGCCGCGUAGCCAACGAACUGGUGAGGUCCAUGGGAGGGCCGGCCCCUCCGCUGAGCCGGCUGCGACGCGACCCCGCGCGGUGGGAAGAGAACAAUCAGCAGGCUAUAGAUGCUGCUAAGAAAAUUGGCGUUCAACCAGUUCUAUCAGCUAAAGACAUGAGCCAAAAUGAUGUCGAGCACUUGGGGGUGAUGGCAUGGGCGUCUCAGUUCCGCAAUGUGCCUCCACGACCACCAGUGCACGACAUGCUCAGAGUUGCGCUGGACUCUACAUCGGGAAGAGUUGGAGAAGAGACCUACAUCAAAGUCGAGUCGAUCUCCAGCGAGCUGUCCAUCUCAGACGUGAAGGUGUCGAUCGUGAACCCUCUGGAGCAGGAGUCGAGGCUGAAGCUGGACUCGCGAGGGUCGGGAGAGUUCAUCCCGGAACACGCCGGAAUGCAUGAGAUUGUACUGACGGUUGAUGACAUCAGAGUCGACGGAAGAUACUUCUUCAGAGUCCUGCCCCGGCUGGUGAUGGUGCCCCCACCGCGAAUGGCACCAUGCGCCGCAGGCAGCAUUGUCGAAGUGCUUGUCAGUGCUACAGGCGCCCCUAGAAGAGAAGACAUUGACGUCACAGCACACUCGCCUAGCGGCAGAGCGGUACCGCUAUCCGCGCGUCAUCCGCCGCCAUCUGCCCCCGGCACCACUGCUUCCAGCGCCACCUUCCAGCCUGAUGAGGCCGGGACUUGGACUAUCGCUAUCACGUAUAAAGGGGAGCAUAUACAGGGUGGUCCAUUCACGUGCGAGGUCUUCGACCCGGCCGGCGUGAGGCUCAGUCCUGGAGCGCUGGAAGGCGCUGAACCGCUGAAGCCGCACUCGUUUGAGCUAGACACAAGCGGCUGCGGGGUCAAGGGGGACCUGCAGCUGGACAUCGUUCACGACAAGCGCAGCGUUAUGUGCGCGCUUGAAAAACUCUCCGCAACUAAAUAUCGCGCUACGUUCAUGCCUAAGGCACCUGGAAAACAUAGAUUAUACAUCUACUUUAAUGGCUACGAUGUGCACGGAUCUCCGCACAUGUUCCGAGUGGGGUCCAGAUCGAAGAAACCACGUGAUAGCUCUAGUCCUUCCCCUGCUUACGCGAGGAUUUCAAGUCCAGUGACUCGGCUACGAUCAGAAAGUCCUCUCAACAAUUACAAUUUAUACGACUCGAGCGCAACGAAGCAUAACACGAGCUCGAUAGAUCGUCGCGAGGAGCGACGUGACUCGAGCGAUUAUUACAAGUCCUUCGGCUCGGAGAUCAAAGAGAAGAAUUAUGACGUCACCGAUUCCGCAUAUUCUACAUCGAGGGUUCACAAGAAGGAUGGUUUCAGUUCGAGAUACGGGUCGGAGAGCCCGAGAAAUAGGACGGCGAGUCCGAUAACAACUAAGCACCUCGGAAACGGUUCGAGGCUGGACGUCAAUAGGCCGACUAGUCCGUUUCGGGCCAGCAGUCCGUACAGAGCGACUAGUCCGGCGGCUAGUCCGCUAACGAGGAGGGACAGCCCUUUGAAUAGGACGGUCAGUCCAAUUAACAGGGUGAGCAGUCCAACAGACAGGCAUAGCCCUGUGACAACAACGAAGAGAGUAGUGGAGAAGAGAUCCAACUACAAGAUGUACAGCUCCUACAGUGGAUCUCAGGAUAACCUGGACCAAAGCAGCAGUCCGUAUGUUUCUCUUGAAAACGAUCGGACUAGAAGACUUGGAAGUCCAAGUACUGGAGAUCCUGGAGGGAAACCGUUUGCUGCUAGAAAAGAUUCGUGGGACUCAGUGGAGAAGACGAGACAAAUGCUCAAUGCUAAUAGGCUAGGAUCGCCCGACCGGCACCAAAGCACGCUUGAUCGCGAGACACGGCGCAACACACAACUGAACAAGUUCACCGACUUCUCGCGCGACUCGUUCAAUCGGCAGCUCGACCAGUUGGCCGACGACCGCGAUUCUGACACCUACACCAGCCGGCAAGAAAUCAGCAAGCGGGAAGUCCGCGAAAGUUCAUACGUGGUGCGGGACUCCUCGUACAGCAGUGUAGAGGAGAAGCACCAGCAACAGCAGUCUUUUUUAUCCAAUAGGCCCCCCCGCGACCCUACCGGGGGGGCCCUAACUGAGACGGAUGCAGCUCAUGCCCGUUUCAGACCAAUUCAAAGGGAUAAUAAAGGUGCCAAAGGAGUAAUCGUCAAACCAACUUACAAAGGCGUUUUGGGGCAACCUGUUGAGUUCAUAGUGGACUGCAGCUCAGCCGGGCCCGGGCACCUGGAGAUAGAGGUGUCCGGAGGCAACGGCACUCUCGUGGCGAGCUCAGUUCGCUCGCUGGGAGGGCAUCGGUACUCUGCCGCGUUUACACCGCGCGUGUUACGUACGCACGUCGUGCGUGUCACGUUCAACGAUGAACAUGUGCCGGGAUCCCCGUGGAAGGUCGAAGUGAUGGCGGGGCCGGCGAGCGGCGGCGGCGGCGAGUCCACCCGGCUGAUCCCCGCGCGAGUGCCGGCCGUCUUCGAGAUAUCCACCGCCCCUGGGACUGGGACCUUCAGCAAAAAUGAGGUUGGAGUAACAGUAACUGCGCCAUCGCGGCGGCCCGUGACCGCCCGAGUGCUGGACGUGGCUGAAAGACCUGGGGUCUUCCGGCUCGAGUUCACGCCCGAAGAAGUCGGCACACAUUUGAUCGAUGUUUCAAUCGCCGACGAUAAGCUAGCCGCAGACCCCCUAGUCGCCAAAGUGUAUGACUCCAGCCUGAUCAAAGUCACUGAUGUGGGAAACGCAGUGGUUGGACAACAGUGCCAAUUCAAAGUGGAUGCAAGUGCUGCAGGAGAAGGGCAACUUGAGAUAUCAAUAAAUGAAGGAGAAGUCCCCAAUCACGUACAGGUUGUGGGUGGAGGAAGAUGCCUAGUUUUUUGGCGGCCAGAAACGCCAACUCCUCACCGAGUAGACAUAAAAUUUAAUGGAGAGCCUGUGCCAUCGUCGCCGUUUGUCUUUCACGUAGCUCCCGCCCAAAGAGUCACAAUAGAUACAUCGCAAGUUGAAUUAAUACCUGUGGGAGAAGUAGCAUCAUGCUCCGUCCGAGUGGAAGGCUCCGGCGGCGGAGAGCUCACUGUGACCGUCCGAGGGCCAAGGGGCGAAGUCCCCGUCCGGCUAACUGGAGACGUGGUCACUGGCUUAGUGGCCAGCUUUACGCCAAGACACGUUGGACCCCACACAUUGACAGCGCAUUACAAUAACCAGCCAGUGCCGGGAACUCCAGUAACAUGCAAAGCAUAUGACGGCAAGCUAGUCACAGUCACCGGUGGAACAUCAGCCCGUGUCGGUGUUCCAGUCCAGUUAGCAGUUGAUGCAGCUCAGGCCGGCGAAGGCAACUUGGAGAUCACAGUUGCUGCUAACGGCUUGAACAUCCCAACCCAAGUGCAUCCACAGGGCAAUGCACGCUUCACAGUCUCGUUUACACCGACGGAGGCAUGCCAUCAUGUCGUAAAUGUUUCUUUCAAUAAGAUGCGAGUGCCAGGCUGCCCUCUUAUCAUUGAAGUAUCGGAAGGCAGUGGUAGCGGAGCCCGAGUGGCUCUACCAGGCCCAGUGCCUCUGCAUCAACCUGCUUCCCUAACUCUUCACCACCCCACCGCCACACUCGAUCAGAUCGAAGUGAAUGUUGAAGGUCCGAACGGAGCGUCGGUGCCGGCGGCGGUGGCGGCGGCCGGGCCGGCGGUGUUCCGAGCCGAAUUCGUGCCGAAGGCCGUCGGCGAACACCGCCUGAACGUGCUCGUGGACUCCGCGCCCAUACCUGCCAGCCCUUUCCAUUUGAAGGUGUAUGAUGUAACUGCGAUAAGGGUGAAAGAUGUCGCCCACGGAACCGUUGGAAAGCCCGUUACAUUUUUAGUGGAAACAAUGGCAGCCGGGCCAGGCAACUUGGAGGUGACCGUGAACGGAGGCCGCGUGCCGACCGCGGCGGCUGCGCAAGGCGCGCACACUUAUGCCAUCAGUUUCACACCACGCGACCCUCGCCCUCAUACCGUGGAGUUGAGGUUCAACGGAGACCAUGUCCCGGGAAGCCCAUUCGUCUGUCACGUGUCAGCGCCGGCCCGGGUGAUAGGAGCUGGCUCAGGGGAAUCCCCUGACAAAGUGUCCGUAGGAGAUGCGUAUACAUUCAGCGUGGACUCGCCUACGUCACCACACGUAGAGGUGCUGGGACCCGCUAGGAGGCCAGUACCAGUGCAGGUAUCAGCCGAAGAAACCGUGGGUGAAAACGAAGCUAGCAAGCGGUACACAAUAUCUUUCGUGCCUGUUGACGUUGGAGACCACAGCAUUGAGGUCCGCGCAGGCGCGAUGGGCGGUCACGUCGAAGGCAGCCCGUUCUUAGUCAAAGCGUACAGCGCAGCUAGAGUGGCUGUCACUGAUAUAUCCCCAGGAGUUGUGGGCAGACCAGUUUCGUUUACUAUCAAUGCGUCGCACGCCGGUGCUGGCAACUUGGAGAUUAUUGUCGCUGUAAACGGCAGAAAUGUACCCAACUAUGUACAGAGUGAAGGAAACGCGCGAUUCAAGGUGAACUUCAAACCAGUAGAACCAGCCCCACACACGCUAUCAGUCCGGUUCAACGGCCAUGCCGUGCCCGGGUCUCCAUUCACAUGUUCCGUGACUGCCCCGGCCGCCGCCGCUGAUGCAAGAGCUACGGGUCCCGGACUAUCAUCUACCCCCAGGGGAGAACCCGCCGAUAUACAGCUAACUGGCUUCCACUCCGGCGAGCCUUCAGUCUACGUAGCCGGUCCAGGAGGCAGCAGCGUUCGCACCCGUGUGAACUCAACCGGAGAAGGUCGAUACACCGCCACGUAUACUCCUGAAGCGGUCGGCAGACACAGUGUGCAAAUAACCUGCGCUGGCAGACACGUCAACGGGUCGCCAUUCACGUGCAACGUGUAUGACGUGAGACGAGUGAGGGUUACUGGAUUGGGGCCUGGAGAACUCGAAGGCACCCUAGAAGGUUUGAGCCUAGACGACGGGGUGGAUGAAGAGCGAGGUGUGGAAGUAGGCAAGCCAGUUACUUUCAGCGUUGACGCGGCGGGAGCCGGCGAGGGUACUUUAGAACUUGUGGUCUCUACGCCCUCUACUACUGUUAAGGCUGAGGUGGUAGCCGUAGCCCGUGGCCUGUAUGACGUCACAUUCGUGCCGGUAUCCCGGGAACCCCACAGGGUGUCCGUCACGUUCAACGAGCAAGCCGUGCCCGGCAGUCCGUUCGUAUGCCGAGUCAGCGAGCCACAUACUUAUGUACAAAUUGGAGGCAUAGCAACAGUAGAAAUAGACGAAAAUCUGUCAGAUAUAGAAGUAAUAUCGCCAACCGGCACUCGCGUAUCCGAAGCCAACCUUGAAGACUCUGGUCUGCUAACCUUCCCAGCAAGUAGAGUCGGUCGUUACGUCGUGAGGAGCUCGCGAGGACCGGUGGCUGAGGUGGAAGCUUUGGAUGCCACCGCUGUGAAGGUGCUAUCGAUAGGCGACGCGGUAGCACACAGGCCUGCCAUACUUACUGUAAGCACUAGCGGCGCCGGCGCAGGUCGGCUCUCAGGGCGCGUCACGUGCGGCGGGGUCGCCGUGCCCCAUUCCGUACGACGCCGCGGAGGCGCCAGGCAGGAGCUAGUAUGGCACCCAGCUAGGGCGGCGCCCCACCGGCUGACAUUAUUAUGGAGCGGCACUCAGAUAGCUAGGGAGCCGAUGCUGUUGGAUGUGCAGCCUCCACAACAUGGUCAAGAGGUCACAGCAUCAGGCCUGGGCCUAUACCAAGCUCAAGCGGGAAGAGUAGCGUCCUUCAGUAUAGACACGCUAGGGCGACCAGCCAGAGAGUUUGACGUGGUUGUCUCUGGUCCAGGAUCGAGGGCACUCCCAGUAAGGUGCUACCAGACCAAGUCAGGGCUACUGCAAGCCGAGUUCACUAUCACUGAAGUUGGACAAAGUACCAUAGAGGUAUUGCAUCUAUCAAAACCUGUAUCUGGCAGCCCUUACACGUGCGAGUCGUUCGAUCCUAACAGAGUGAUAAUAUCAGGACUACCCACUGGGAACAUUAUUGCACAAACACCCAUCAACUUUACAGUGGACACAAAAGACGCAGGUGUGGGUGAGCUCGAAGUGGUUUGCGAAGCGAUGGGCGACCGCCGCGUGCGUCUGCCAGUCGACAUUCGGGAGGAUGGACACUUGUACAAAGUGCGCUUACGGCCGUCGAUACCCGCUCAUUAUAGGAUCUAUAUCACUUAUGGAGGAGCAUCAGUAGCGGGUAGUCCGAUAUCAUUAGGCGUGCUGAGCGGCCGUAGUCCAACCGCCGCGCGCUGCGCAGGCACCGGGCUCGUGCACGCGCAUGUCGGCAAAGAAGCCGCUUUCACCAUCCACUGUGUGGAGGACUCGGCGCCAACGGUUCAGGUCGAAAGACUGACAGAGAACAAAGAAGACAGCACGGACUCAGGUCUACUAGAGUGCAGAGUGGUGGCCGGAGCGCCGCGGGAAUGGCUCUGCGCCUACAUUCCUUUGGUAGUGGGCUUGUAUGAAGUUAGGAUAUUCACUUCUUCCGGACCGUUGCCUGGGAGCCCUUUCUCUGUCAAAGUAAUAGACACAUCAGCUAUAGUGCCAGUGGGUGGAUGGGGCGCCGACAACUCAGGAAGAGUCAGAGCGCCUUCAAAACUAGUACUCGAUACGAGCAAUGCAGGCCCAGGAACCCUAGAAUGCUUAUUGGCUGGCAGGCAUCAACGCGUAGAAACAGUCUCAGGCCGUGCCGUUGUAACCUUAGCAGCAGCUGAAGGUGUGAGCGGUGAACAGGAGUUAGAACUGACUUACAACGGAGCGUUAGUGGCCGGAGCGCCUAGGAGAGCUUUAGUGGCGUCGGGCAAUACAGCAGAUAGAGUUACUUUGGCUGGAAGAGGAUUGGCUCACGCUGCGCCGCAUACGCCGGCCGUGUUUACUGUCGAUGGCAGUGCAGCCGGGCCAGGCGCUCCUGAAGCAAUGCUGACGUCUCCCGACGGAGAUAAGAUCCCGGUAGCGCUGGCCGCCGCCGGGCCCGGGCUGUGGCGAGCCACUUAUACCCCCAGAAGAGCGGGAGACCACCAACUCAGGGUCAUGUGGGCGGGACGGCUCGUUAAGGGCUGCCCAUUGACAGUGAAUGUGAACGUCGGCUCCGAGAGCGGUGACGCGUCGCGAGUCGUGUGCUCAGGCGCAGGAUUAGUGGGCGGCGUCGUGGGAAUGGAGAUACGCUCGUGGAUCGACACCAGGCGCGCCGGGCCAGGGGAGCUCACGGCGCACUGCACGGGGCCCAACAAGGUGGCGUACUGCGAGCUAUACGAGCACGGAGACGGCACGUUCACGUUAAAUGUCAAACCAGCUGAGGCGGGGCGACACGUGCUGAGCAUACAGUUUGCGGGCGACCACGUUCCCGGAUCGCCCUUCGUGCUCAAGGUGGCUGGAGCGCCUGACCCCUCCAAGGUUCGCGUGUACGGUCCGGGCGUGGAACCAGGCGUGCUAGCAACGUUCCAGUCGCGUUUCUUCUGCGACACGCGCGGCGCCGGCGCCGGUCAGCUGACGGUGCGCGUGCGCGGCCCUAAGGGCGCCUUCCGCGUCGAGAUGCAACGCGAAAACCAGAAGGACCGCACUAUACUGUGCAAGUUUUCGCCCACCGAGCCAGGAGAUUACCGCGUAGAGGUCCGAUGGGCCGGCCGCCACGUGCCCGGGUCUCCGUUCCCGGUCAUGAUAUUCGACACCCAGGAGGAGCUCCGCCGGUACAUACAGGCCACCGCCGCUUGACACUAACAUACGACCCUGCCAUCUAGGUACUACAUAACUCAAUUUAUAAGGCCUAGUUUACACUGAGAUGCAAGCAAUUUAAAUGUCUAAAACUGAAAAAAACAAUACAAUCUUGGUGGACAUUACACUAUGGCGCCAAAAAUAUAAAACUUCGUGCCUCUGUGUGAACUGCGCCUUUUUGCUUGCAAGUCUGUAGCUUAUUACGCGAUCGGACAGUUUUCGUUAAAAUAACUGUGCAGCAUGUUCAAACGAAUUUUAUGACAAUUUUAACUACACGUAAUUUAUAAUCAUGACAUACUUUCGUUGCAUAAAUAAACUCCCACGUCCACCUGAACGAAAAUUGCCAGUUUGCGUAAUAAAGUUAUUAAAUAAUCUCUUACAAACUUGAUAUUUUAUAGUAUAGACCACCCAUUUUGCCAAUUUGUACUUACUGUAGAUUAAAGUAAACCAUUUCCUAGUAACACAACUUAUUCCACGCUUUAAAGUAUAAAGUAGAAAUUUGUGGAUAAGAAAAAAUAGCAAUACAACAAAAAAUUAAAAUCAAUAGUAAAAAUAGUUAUGUUGACAAUGUUCAAAUGAGUAUACGGCAAUGAACAAAUACAUUAAAAUGUCUAAGCCUUUACAAAUAUUGUAAGUAGCUUAAAUAAAACUCGGCAUCUCUUGACAAUCCGUCCAUUUAUUAUAAGGUAAAGAUUCAAAAAUCUUUAAUCUCUCGAAUCUCCCGUUUUCUACGAGUACAUACAUAUUAAUGCAAAAUAUUAAUCUUAAGGGAAACAUAAUAAAUUGUUUAUUUGUUAAUAUUUAUUAAUGGCAUUUAGGCUUAUAAUCAUUUAAUUAACUUAACUAUUGUAACUAACGAAGUAUUUUUAUUGUUAUUACACGGUCAAGUUCAUGCUACGGAUCGUACGAUUGAACUGGACCGUGUAAACCUGAACUAUUCAGUUACUAAUUGUUAAUAAAUUGAAAUUUAUUA